GUUACUCACAGUUUACUAUUACUCUAAGCGAUUACCGUCUUCUCCUCACCGUCGUCCUCUCCGGGAAACAGCGGAAUACUCGUCCACUAAAUUUAUCGAUCAUUUGCCUUUUAUCUUGCAAAACUCUGUGUGUUGCACUGCGCCGUGUUUUGUUGACAUUUUGCCUAUUCAGUACAUUGUUCACUCUAUCACUCUAUUAGCUCUCGUACAGGCAAUAUUUUAGCCCCCUCCCUCUGUACAGAAAAAAGUACAGAAAUGAACCACGUUGAUGUGGAUCAACUGCUCGAAGACUAUGCCUGGUCCCACUUCAAGGAUAUUCAAUCACUACGACGGACCAGAUUAGACGAAUUCAAGUCGCUCGAACGAGACGACUGUGAAUUCAUCAUUAACCGAAGAAACCUCUCAUGGGUGAACGAGGAUCCCCAAUACACAGAUCUUACCCCAGUCGGGGCAAAACCCUACACAUUGUUCAAGUCGAUCUACACCAAUAACACAAACAGACCACAAGAGUAUUCAUUCAAAACGGAACGAACAACCGAGUCGCUUUGUUCGAUAUCCAGAGACCAAGGCUACACAAUGGGUGCUGAAGCGGAAUUAACGUUGAAGACUCCUUGUGAAAUCGCAGAGCUUAAAGCCGGCUUCAAGCAUGAAAUGCACUUCAGCAAUUUGCAAGAAAACUGCCAAACUGAGAUACUCACAUGGGGAGUGGACAGCAAUGUUGCGGUUCCUCCUCAUUACUGUACUGAAGCAUCAAUCAUAAUUGAAGAAAUGAAUUACCGAGGAAGUUACUCUGUGGUCACAAAACUAUCAGGGAGUGUCGUAAUCUCAAUAAGGAGGAGAAGAGACGGUGCUCUUGUACUGCCAAUUCGUGUGAAUAUUGCUGAAGUCUUCUUGGCCCAUCUAGAAAGCCCACACUGCAAGAAAGAGGUAAAACAAGUGGUCACUAUCGAGCAGCGAAAAAUCGUACGGUUACUAAGCAAGGGCUCAUGUCACUUCCAGUUCGCUAUGAAACAACGAAUCGAUCUCAAGGAAGACCCAAUCGGUGUGGGCAGAGAAAUCAUGAUUGACUGAUGAGAAUCUUGUUUGUUAAUAAUGCACACUUUGGUUUUUUAUCACAUAAUGAAUGCCUCACAUUCCCAUAUGUUGUUCUGACCAUAUGUAACUAUGCAAUGUCCCACUGUACAUGAAAUUAUGAUAAACUUCUUCUGCCA